CCCCCCAAAUGUCACAAUCCAUUCAACAACACCAUUUGCCAAUGUGCUUUCAACUGACGAAAAGUCAUGCAACCGAGCAUUGCUUCUUUCAGCCACUUGAGCACCCCACCCACGGCCCCGCUGCACAACCUCGGCGGCAUUCGUGGGCGUAUCCGCGAUUUGGCAAACCGAAGUGGACAACUGCUGAAAGAUGCCCACAAGCGGAAAAACCAAGUAUCCCAAACGAUGCUGGACAGCAAGACCUCGCUUGGGAUUCUCAGCGCCGUGCCGGAUAGAAAAGAG